AGUCAUUCCUUCGCUGCAGGGUUUCAAUUGUUAGCUAGUGUUGCACUUGACUUGUCCGUGGUCUAGUUCCCGCUAAUUUUAAAAGAAAAUGCAACAAACGCGUCUCUGUUAUUUUGAGGGGAACUGCAAUUAAUUUCGCGUUCAAUACAAUAGGUUUCAGGCUAAUUUGGGCAUUUUAUUUUACUCUAUGCACCGCCGUAGCUGUUAUAACGUACACGGUUUUACUUUGACAUCCCGGAAGCUAAAAGAUAAAGUUAGACCGAUUGAGAUGGGACUUCCGGUAAGGUAACAAAUAAGACCCCCGUUAAUUGGUGAAGCCAAAUUGUGGAGCAACUUUAAAGUGAUAUUUCAGUUAUAAACUUUUUUCUAAAGUUCACUUGGCCGAGGUUAUGGAGGCCAUACAGUAGCUCGGGGUCCCACGUCCUCAGUCUGCUGUUAAACCUUAUUCCACUCCGUCUGCCGACUUCUGGCUUCCAUGCCUGCCCAACCCCCUGUGAAGGAGCCGGAGGAGGAGAUGGAGGCAGAGGGUGAGUCGCAGCUCCCCGAGGCCAACGGAGAGGUGGAAGAACCCAGAGAGAAUGAAGGAACAAGAGGGGGAGGAGCCGAGGAGACCAUGGAGGAAAGUAUGGAGGAGAGGGAGACCGACUUGGAAGAUAGUGACGAGGAGGAAGAGGAGGAAGAGGAAGAAGAGAGCUCAGAGAUGGAUGAUGAAGAUUGUGAGAGGAGAAGAGGAGAAUGUCUGGAUGAGAUGAUGGAUCUGGAGAAACAAUUCCAGGAGCUGAAAGAGAAGUUGUUUCGGGAACGGCUAAACCAGGUGAAAGUCAAGCUGGACGAGGUGCUGACAGGAAAGGCCGGUGAAUACAGAGACCCGCUGGCUGCACUACAGAACAGCAUGCAGAUACGGACACAAGUGGCUGGAGUGUACAGGGAGCUGUGUCUGCAGGUCAUCAAACACAAGCAUGAAUGUGAAGUGCAAGGAGCGAGGCAGCACCUGGAGAGUGAGCGAACGCUGCUGUUUGACGCCAUGAAGGGCGAGCUACUGGAAAAGAUAAGGAGGCUGGAGGAAGACAGGCAGAAUAUAGACCUCACCUCAGAGUGGAGCGAUGAGCUGAGGGGCAAGAAGUGCAAAAGAAAGAACCUGCUGGGUCGAUCUGAGAAGAAAAAGAAAGUAGCUUUGGUUUCAGGGCCUUUCAUCGUCUACAUGCUGAGAGACAUCGACAUCCUUGAAGACUGGACUGCUAUCAAGAAGGCAAAAGCAGCUCUGUCGCCACUAAAAAAGAAAGUUGAAAAGCGGUGAUGAAAGGCGGAUCUCUGCAACAGCGACGCCAAACUUAACACACACUCACAUUCCCAGCUAUUUCCAGUUGAGGUUUUGUCUCCUUGACUGAAGCCCAGCAGACUGAGUUGUUUUUCUGCGCUUUUGAUCCCACCUGCCUACCACCCUACUGCUUGUUUGUUAUCUAUUGCUAUUUAAAAGAAGUUCUUAAUGAUAUGACAACCAUGUAUUUAUAGAAUGAUUUAUAAUGCUGAUUGAAAAUCUAAUCUUUUAGCACACAA